AUGGCUGCUCAAUCAACCCUGAUGUCACCUCCAGUAUUCAAUGGGGAGCACUACCACAUAUGGGCUGUAAAGAUGAAGGCUUUCUUCCGGGGUCAGGGGCUGUGGCAGUAUGUGGAAGAAAACAGGCAGCCACCUCUAUUAGGACAGAAUCCUACCCUGAACCAAAUGAGAUUGCAUGAGGAAGAAACAGCCAAAGCACCAAGAGCUCUCUCCCACAUUCAUGCUGCUGUAACAGACCUUGUAUUUACAAGGAUCAUGGCAUAUGAGACUCCAAAAAAGGCAUGGGAUAAGCUAAGAGAGGAGUACAUGGGCAGCACCACAACAAGGAACAUGCAGGUGCUCAAUUUAAGGAGAGAAUUUGAGAUGCAAAGGAUACAAGAAUCAGAGAAGGUCAAGGACUAUGUUGAUAGGUUAAUGGGUGUUGUAAACAAGAUAAGACUGCUAGGAGUGGAGUUGACUAAUAUGAGAGUGGUGGAGAAAGUCCUGGUCAGCCUACCCGAAAGAUUUGAGUCCAAAAUCUCAUCUUUAGAGGACUCAAGAGACAUGGGACAGGUUACACUCACAGAGCUGGUUCAUGCAUUGCAUACACAAGAGCAAAGAAGGCUCUUGAGGCAAGAAGAUGUUGGUGAAGGUGCAAUGAUGGCAACUUACAAAACCAAACCAGUUCAAGGGAAUAACAGGAGGUAUGCUAGUGAAAAGAAAGGACAAGAAAUGAGUAAUGGCCAAUAG